AUGACAGAAAUCUUGAAUAACACAAACGAAACUCCAGUAGUUAUCAAGAAAUAUUUCGAUAAUACGUCCGGUUUAUCAACUCACCCGAAGUCUCUAAAUGAAUUGAUCGAAUUACUUUAUCAAGCAUUCGCUGCCAAUGAAGUCAAUAUUGAUUAUAUUUCAACAAUUAUGAAUAACUAUAAAGGUACGAUGGAUGAAUGGAAACCGUAUAUUAAAUUUCAAUCAGAUCGUUAUACGAGAAAUUUAGUCGAUGCUGGUAAUGGAAAAUUCAGUUUAAUUAUUUUAUGUUGGGCUGAAAGUCAAGGUUCGUCAAUACAUAAUCAUAUGGAUUCUCAUUGUUUUCUCAAAUGUUUACAAGGAACAUUGAUUGAAACGAAAUAUGCUUGGCCAACAAUUGGCGAAGAAAACCCGAUGCAUAUUCUUCAACGUACUGAAGUACACGAAGGCGAAGUUGCUUAUAUUAAUGAUUCGAUUGGUUUGCAUCGUAUUGAAAAUCCAAGCCAUACAGAAACAGCAGUUACAUUACAUCUUUAUAUACCACCCUAUGAUCAUUGUAAUAUAUUUGAUGAACGCACAAGUCGUUCGAAUGAAGCAAAAGUAACAUUUUAUUCAGUUGGUGGCCGAUUAACAGCAAUUGAAUAA